AUGGACUCAAGCUCCAUCACCUGCUUACUCCCUGAGGAAGAAAUCAAGACUGUGACUUCUCAUUACACUAAGGGCCUGUUACCAGACAAGAGCAUAGAAGACUUGCUUAUAAAGGUUCCAGUGGGAAGAUAUGAAAGAUUUGGCCUUAAGAACUUAUACUUAAUAAAUUCUUUGGAAAGCCUGCAUGAGGGUGAAGGGCAGAUAGGAUGUUCUAUUGUAAGUAACCAUUACAAAUGUAACAAGUGUGGGAAAGUCUUUCAACAACACUCUGAAUUCCUUAUCCACCAGAGUAUACAUAUUUCUGAAAUGGCUCCCAAACAUGAAUAUGGCAAAAUGUUUAAGCAGUCUCCCAAAUGUAGUGAACAACAAGAAAUUAGUGGAGAAAAUGUACAAAAUAUAUGUGGGAAAGUGUUUAGGAAAUCAUCUUAUCUAAACAGACAUGAAAGAAUCCAGAGUGGAGAAAGAGCCUUCAAAAGUGAAAAAUACUCACAUCUUAUUCAACAUCAAAGGGACCAUAGUGGAGAGAAACCCUAUAAAUGUGAAGAAUGUGGCAAAGCCUUUCACACUUGUUCAGACCUUACUCAACAUACUAUGAUCCAUACUGGAGAAAAACCCUACAAAUGUGAAGAAUGUGUCAAAGCCUUUCAUUGCUACUCAAAGUUAAUUCAACAUCAGAGAUUCCAUACUGGAGAGAAACCCUACAAAUGUGAAGACUGUAGCAAAGACUUUUCUCAGUACUCCAGUCUUAUUGAACAUCAGAGAAUCCAUAGAGGAGAAAAACCCUACAAAUGUGAAGAAUAUGACAAAGCUUUUCAAGCUCCUAAAAGAUUUGCUGGACAUAUGACCAAUUGUACUGGAGAGAAAUUCUACAAAUGUGAAGAAUGUGGCAAAGCCUUCCACACUCAUAAAGAAUUUGCUGGACUUAAGACCAUUCAUACUGAAGAGAAACCCUAUCAAUGUCAAGAAAAAGCCUUUCACUCUUCACAAUGAAUUUGCCAGAUACAUGAUCAUCCAUACUGGAGAGGAACUCUAUAAAUGUGGAAAAUAUGGUAAAGCCUGUUGCUCUCAUAUACAACUUGAUGGACAUGUGAAAAUCCAUACUGAGGAGAAACUAUAUAAAUGAGAGGAAUGUGAUAAAGCCUUUAGUUCUCAUUCAAUACUUGGUUGACAUAUGAGCAUCUAAAUUUUGGUAAACCCUGUAGAUGGGAAGAAUGGGAUAAAACUUUUCACUAUUAUUCCAAGUUUUCACAUCAGAGUAUUUAUACUCUAAAUUUUCAGUAUCUGUAAUGACUGGAAAAUGCUAUAUCAAGAUGUAGCAUACAGUACUGAUGUAACUCAACUUUUAUAUAUAUAUAAUAUAUAUUAGUUAUGCAUCAUUUUGAUUAUUGUAAUAAAGAUUAUACAGGAACAUAA